AUGGAUACGCCGUGGACGUACAACACCCCUCCGGGAACGGAGACCUCGGGCGUACAGAUCACGACUGUCGCUUUGGCUUUUACGGCAAUGUCGCUGGUAGUCAUGAGUCUGCGACUGUAUGUGCGUGUCAUUAUGUUGCACGCAGCCGGUUUAGAUGACUGGGUUAUCGUCGUAACGUGGGUUGCAUCUUGCGGUUUUGCAGUAGUCAGCACGAUUCAAACUAAAUGGGGGCUUGGACUCCAGAACAUCGAGGAUAUGCCCAAUGAAAACCUCUACAACUUUGGUUUGCUACAGUAUGCCGGCGCACCCUUCUACAUCACCAGCAUCCUCGGCUUCAAGAUGAGCUUGCUACUCUCUUACCUUCGCUUCAUUCCUCAAGGUCCCUAUAAAAUAGGAACAUUCAUCACCAUGGGUAUGUGUGUUGCGUAUCACUUCACGUUUCUCGUGGUUCAGAUAAACCUCUGCACACCGAUUGCCAAGCAGUGGGACCCGACAAUCACGAAUGGCUCCUGCCUUAAAGGAGUCCCCUUCUACACCGCCAUGGCCUCGUUGACAAUCCUUUUUGACCUUGUAGUCAUGUUCCUCCCCUUUCCAGUACUCGCGAACUCGAAGAUCCAGAAGCGCAAGAAAUUUGUGCUCCUCGGCCUUUUCGGCCUCGGCGCCUUCAUCACCAUCAUCCAAAUCAUCCGUAUCCAGACCGUUCACGCGCUCGCAAACUACCUCGACUCGGCGCCCCUCAUCAUGUGGUCCGCGGUGGAGAACAACCUCGGCAUCAUUGUCUGCUGCGUGCCGACACUCGCACCCCUCGUCAAGUACUUCAACGAGAAGAGCAGGUCGGGAAGCCGAAGCAACCAGAAGUACGGCGAUCCCAGCGGCUACGGCAGGUCUGCAAAGGGCGGCAACGUGGGAAGCAGGUACGCGCUGCAGAGCUGGCGGCCAGGAAUGAACGGAAUGCAACCCCUGGGCAGUGGCACCGACCGCACUGAAAGCGGCGUGCAUCACUCAAGCGCAAGCAAGGGGUAUGAUGAGGAAAACGCGGACUACCAUGGCUCGCCGGUUAUCAUGAAGAAGACGGAGUUCGUGGUCACAAGCGAUGCAAUGGUACCAGGGCAUGCUUUGUAA